UAAGAGAACCCACUUGACUAUUAUUGCACCAAUGUCAAUUUAUAUUAARACAYCGUGGUUGACACUGUAGAAACAGUUCUUAUGCGAGRGGCUUUCAUUUUGCUCGACUGACAGACCAGAAAUUGACCAUAUAUAGAGGUGUUAUAUAUCAUAUCCAUGCGCAAGCUGUCAUGUGACGCGAACGCGCACUUUAAAAUCUCUGUCCUUGGUAACUUAUGUGAUUUUGAUGUCCAAGCGUCGUGUCGAAUGAGGACCUACAUUACCRCACAAUGUCGAAUUAUUACAUGUUUUACGAUGGAUAUUUUCUCAGUCCUAAUCUUCCAAUGGCUAUUAUAUACAUCAUAUUUGGUCUAUAUACUGUUAUAGGAAAUCUAUUAGUGUGUUAUGUAUUCAUCAAGGACCCUGGUAGAGAUCUAAGAAGAACUUCAAACUUUUUUGUUAUCAAUCUAAGCAUGGCUGAUAUUCUUGUUGGUAUAACAGUUGAGCCUAUUAACGCUGCGAGUUAUUGGACGAAGAAUAAUGAAAUUCUCUUUGUAUAUUAUGUAUUUGCUUGUCUUUCUUGUAUUUGUUCUAUCCUGAACAUCUGUGCUUUGAUGGUCGAUCGUUGGAUCGCGGUUAGCUUCCCGUUCAAAUACAGAUCCUUGGUCACGGCGAAUCGCGUUCGCACGUCAUGUGUCGUUAUCUGGUUGGUAUCCACACAUUUUGGACUCCUACCCAUCAUAGGAUGGCGAUCAGAAAGCUUCCAAGUGUACUUGUACACUUUUGGUGUUCUGACUCCAACAAUUAUAAUGCUUUGUGCUUAUUAUGGACUGCGAAGAAUCCUAAAAAAACAGGUUGAGAAUUUGAAAAACAUUGCUGAUUCUAAAGAAACUGCUUUUACUAAACGAGGCGUGGAACGAGAGAAACGCAUUUCAACAACUGUCUUCAUCAUGCUUGUGGUAUUUUUAACUGCAUGGUUUCCCUUUGUUAUUGUAGAUUUUCUUUUAGUUUUUGGGUCRACAAGUCAGAAUCCAAAAGUACGUCUUGCUAGAGACAUAACAUUGAGUUUAGGAUUCUUUUCGUCUGGUAUUAACCCUGUACUGUACGCUUGGAGAAUUCCUAAUUUUAGAAGGGGAUUAUUAACUGUCUUUGGSAUCAAACGAGGAAAGAGAAUAGGUAUCGCGCCUUUUCCSUUGCCGGGCGCGCAGUCGUCUUCUCUGAACUUCAGCGUUCCUGGGUUUAUGUCAAGGCGAAGCGUGGAACUCGAUAAAAUCAUUACUCGGCAAAGAAUUGACGACCAUUGAAUAAUUKUUAUAUUCUCAUAAAAUACUGCAUGUACAGAUAAUUUUUACAGAUAAAUUGAUUCAAUUAUCAAAAUGAAAACAGGACGUACRAUGUGUACAUGACAUAUUUGAAUUUGAUUUUAAUCUGACAAACUUCGACGUGUCGACAUCCCGCUCCACUCCGUGACUUUCCAAAUUGCUAUGGCAACUCUCACGUAUGACACAAACUACAAACAACUGCUCAAAAAAAMCCAUCRGAAUCAUCACUAUAGAAGAMAAAUAUCCCUUCACGACCACAACAUUCAGACUUCUCUUGAAUUAAUACCACUUCAAAAUUUACUAAGUACGAUAAAGGGAUUUAUUUUAAGGGCGUUAGUUGUAACACAAAAAAGCAAUUUUGUGCACAAAAUGAAUGAUAUAAAGUCAGGACUAUAAACAUUGUAUAAGGCAUGCGUGUAACAAAGGACACACUMUUAUGACGUAAAUAAGUGGGAAACAAGCUUGGAACAAAUAACGGAACAACAUGUGGCUUGCUAAAGCUGACGGAAAAAAAUAAUAUCACAAAUAUAUAUCACCAAAAGAUUACUUUUACUAAAUCCAUUUUCAUUGAGCUUUCUGUUAUUUAUUUGUUUUGAAUAUUGAUUAAAAUUUUAUAAACAAAAAUGUGUUUACAGUUGCUUCAAUGAAAUGGAAAUAAAGCUAAUAUAUUCGCCCAAUUAGCGUCGCAUUAUGGACAAUUUCCAACAUGGAUUUAUYACAGAAUCUAAUUUCUAAUCUUAUUUGAUUUAAUUACUUUUUUUGCGCAAU